AGUUUCCCAGCUAGCCGAGUAGGAUUCUCUCAGAUCAACCUUCUCCAAAGUCGUGUACAAUCAUCAAGGAAGUUGCCUCACUUUGGAUUCUUUCCCUCCUCGACUUGUCAGUUGUCGUUUUUAGGUGUUUUCACUUCUUUUUUUAUUUUAAAGAAAAAGAAACAUUGACAGCAUGUCUUUCGUUCCUGGACAGCCGGUGACUGCUGUUGUGCAAAAAGUACAGAUCCAAAAACUGCGGCAAGGGCCGAACCUGAUUCUGGGUUUCAGCAUCGGAGGAGGGAUGGACCAGGAUCCCUGUCAGAACCCGUUCUCUGAGGACAAGUGUGACAAAGGCAUCUAUGUGACCCGAAUUACACCAAACGGCCCAGCGGACGUUGCCGGCCUGAGGAUGGGGGAUAAAAUCAUGCAGGUCAACGGCUGGGACAUGACCAUGGUGACCCACGACCAGGCUCGCAAAACACUGACAAAGAAGAAGGAGGAUGUGGUGCGCCUGUUGGUCACCAGGAAAUCCCUGGAGGAUGCUGUGAAAAAGUCAAAGGGUCAUUACCACGCUGAGGAUGACAAAGAUGAAAACAGCACCAUGUCACCAUGGAAGGAGCAGCAACAGGUCCUUAAAAAUCACUGAAACGCAUUUCCCUCACUUGUUUGGAGAGAACAGGUGCGCCGAUGCUUCCCUCUCAAGUCCCGAGUUCUCAGGAAGAACCGCCUUCCUUAUGGACAUGACCACCAUCUUUUCUUUUUUUCUCACCGAAGAUGAAUAACCCUAGGCUUCGCUACACAUGUUAAACUCAAACUUUGAGGUGAGAGCUGCUAUAUUCUCUUAAAUCACUGGACAACACAAGCUCUGCAUCAGUCAGCAGAAAGAUUGAUGACUAUAAAGACACGUAGUACUAUGACACAUAGAAAUACUUCCACUGCAAACUGGUGUGUCGCUUUACCUUGUACUGUGACCCCCAAGACCACCUGCCUAUUGUGACGGAUAAUAAUAACAAAUUUUGCUGGUUGAUAAUUGUGCUAAACAUUAUAGUCGAUAAUCGAUAAUAUCGUAAACAUUUUUACAUUUUUGAGACUUAAAAAAAAAUUGUCAUGAGAGGUGUAAUUCACAUUUGAACCACCAGAUGGUACUCAAGUAUGGGAUACUUGUGAGCCACAUCACCUUGACAGGUGACUUCUGAGCGUGUUUUUCAAUCAUUGUACGGCAAAAAAUGCCUGUCACCAUCACAAAAUUGAACUGUAUGUAUUUUCUAGCUAAGAUGAGGCCACCCACAAAUGCGACCUAACACUCAGUCGGUGUUCAUGCGCUCACCUUGUGCGUUCUUUUUAAACCUGAAAUAUUCCCACACUGUGGCUGUUGUGUUUGCCUUAGAAACCGUCGCUUCCGUACGUGCGUUCAUGUUAGCGUAUGCUUUCUCACCGCUCACCAGCAACCCCCCUCCACAAGGAAGCCGAAGCUCUCCGUUCAUUCCACGAUAGAACCAAAGCAGACAGACACUUGCAGCGUGAACCCUCUUGUCAUCCAGCCUGUGUGCUUUAGAAAGACACGCAUGAAACAUGUCCAUUUAUCCAUCUGUUUUUUUUUUUUAUCGUUUCAUUAAUUGAUUUAUGGAUCAUGGUGAUAGACCAUGAUAGACUUGCCCCAGGUUCUAAUUAAACACAUUUAACAUAGUGUAUAUAUAAUGUAUAGGUACUUGACACUUAUCGAUGAUGUCAGACGAUCCAUGAACACAUGCAACGGGAGGCCUUUAGCCUGGUCAUCACGCUAGCGCUAGCAAGCUACAUAACCUACACUGCUUGCCUGUUGUCAUGGCAGGAAGGACUUAGCGUCUUAUAUCAGCUUGUCUUCACCUGCCUAAAAGUUUUGUGGCCAGAAGGAAAAAAAGACCAAAAAUCUGCCAACAUGCAAGGGUCCACUGUGAUGUGUAUGUUAGCAUAUCUAACCAAACAUGGCCUCACUGUUGUUACAUGGCCACUGGCUUUUCAUGCAAUAGAAACAUCAGAAACGACUGUGAUAUCAUAUCAUUACUGCUGCAGUAACUCAUUCAUUGUAACCGUCAUUAACGCAUGCACAUCAUGUCAAGCCACACCGCGCCGUUAUGACGGAGGUACAGGGAAGUGUCCCCGCAGAAUCUGCCGCUCUUUAACUUCAUUUUGACCCAAACACAUCAGCAGCAGUGCGAUUCCAACACAAGAUGUGCAUCUCCUACUCACAGACAUGUGUCCUGUCCUCCUCGGAACCACACGUCGUCAUUGCCACUAGCCGACCACGAGGCGCAUCCACAGACACUCCAAAAAUGCCGACAACCUCUUUAUUAUUGUGCAUUUUUGUGCUGUUCGGAGUGUCCCUGAAUGCUCAUUCUUCAGAGCUGUGAAACUACUUCAUCUUUUUGAUAUACAGUAUGUCCUGAGGUAGGUGUGUCCUUGCAAUCAAACUACUUUCAUCAAGUAUUUUUGCAUACUUGAAACCACAAACGCUUGCUGUCAUGAUACCAUUGGCUGGUUUGGAAAAAUCCUAAUCUUUUCUAUUUCUGCUUUUGAUAAACUUCCUUCCGUGUUUGCCAUUAAAAAAAACACACACACAAAGAAAUAUGAAA